AUGGCUACCUGGCGGGCUUCCAUCAUCCGCGAUACAGUAUCUAACAGUACCUUCCUUAGCCUCAGAGAUUGCCUACCAUUGCUUGAAAGCAGCGGCGAACUCAACGACGAGUUUCUCGACAAUACGCUUCGUUCCAUGGCCAACAACUCAAGUUUCGCUGGCAUGGAGACCUUUCUCGAUGACAUAGCCAAACUCAACGGCAAGAUCCCAGACGCCUAUAUUCAACGCUAUUGCAACAUUUUUUUCGAGCCGAGAGCCUCAGAUUCCAUGGCUAUCACCUGCGAUACCUCGCGCGAGUACUGUCUCAAGAAGCUGCAUGCGCCAACGAUGGUGGCAGAGGUUCGCAAAGGGAAAGUCAAAGACGACGAGGUUGAAGAUUUCGUUGUCAUAUCACAAACCUUUGGAGAGGAAGUUCCACCGCUUCUUCUCCCCCAUCUUGGUGGAUUUCUAAAUGAUCUCCCCUGGAUAGUCCAACUGCUCAUCCAAGUCAAGGACUUGGAGGGGUGGGCUUCAGAAACCUUCCUUCCGCAAUUCAGCACCACCGUUCUCGAACCCGCCAUCGAGCGAGCGAAACUAGUAGCCUCUAGACCGGACAUACCUGUCGGCGAAAUGAUCCGCGAUUCCUUCCCAUUCCGCAGAAACAUAGCGCCAGUCCGCGGCUCCAAUGAGGGAGAUCGGGGUGUUACGAUGGAGGAACUGAAGCUGCUGAUCCCGCUCCUCAAACGUUUAGCGCUAGAGCGUGUCGUAGAUAGGCUGGCGCUGAGGAUGCUGAUGGAUUUCGUUGACCUUGAUUUCGAAGACUUUCGCGGCGUGCUCGGCGAUGAGAAGACGGAUGAGAUGAUGGAGAAGAAGAGGGCGAUUGAAGAGGCGAAGGAGGCGAGGAAAAGGAAGGCUGCUGAUGAUGGUGGAAGGGGAAAGAAGAAGAGGGGAGGAGGGGGUCGGCGGUGA